AUGGCAGCGAGCCAAAACGUACCAGAACUUGGUGGAUAUGAUUAUGAAUUCACUGUCAAAGUUCCUGAUAACUGUGACUGUCUUGUGUGCCAUUUACCAAUGAAGGAUCCAGUUCAGAUUGUAGGAUGUGGACACAGACUCUGCAACAUCUGUAUGGAAUCACUCUUGCGACGCCCUUCGCCAUUGUGUCCAGCAGAUAGGGAACCAUUGUCGCGUGACAAGAUAUUUCCAGAUUCUGCCCAUCGUCGCGAAAUACUGGAUCUGACCGUGAAGUGUCCUCACUUUGGAUGUUCAUGGACUGGAGAACUGCGUGCUGUUGAGAAACACCAGUCAGAAUGCCUGUUGAAAGAAGUGCAAUGUUCAAACUCAGGAUGUACAGAGAGGCUUACCAAGAAAGACAUGAAAGUUCACGCGUCAUCUGAAUGUUCUUGGAGGAAAAUCAACUGUGAACAUUGCCAAGAAUCAUUCGUCUUUCAUGAAAAGCGGAACCAUUUAGAAGUUUGCCAGAAGUUUCCUGUUCCGUGCACCAACAACUGCGGCUCUAGAGCGAUUCCACGAGAAAAGCUUGAGGUUCACAUUCGCGAUGAAUGUCCUAAAACUGAAGUCUGCUGCGAAUACAGCAACUUAGGAUGCGAUGCUAUGUUUCCACGAUCAAACACCAGUUCUCAUUCAAUGUCCCAAGUUGACCGUCACUUAAGCUUAGCCCUCCAUUGCCUCGACGCCAAUCGGUUGCAGGUUAAUGAUCUGGUCAGCCUUGUCAUGGAACAGUCACAGCAAACAGAACGAUUGGUGGCCCAAGUUAAGGAAGAGUCACAGCAAAGAGAACGAUUGGAGGCUCAAGUUAGGGAACAGGUACAGCAAAUAGAACGAUUAGAGGCCCAACUUAAGGAACAGUCACAGCAAACAGAACGAUUGGAGGCCCAAGCCAAGGAACAGUCACAGCAAACAGAUAGAUUGGUGGCCCAAGUUAAAGAACAGUCACAGCAAACAGAACGAUUGGAGGCCCAAGUAAAGAAAAGUCACACCAAAGAGAACGAUUGGAGGCCCAAGUUGAAUAAGAGUCACAGCAAAGAAAACAAUUGGAGCCCCACGUUUAGGAACAGUCACAGCAAACAGAACGAUUGGAGGCCCAAGUUAAGGAACAGUCAGAGUCAAGAGAACGAUUGGGGGCCUAACUUAAGGGAAAGUCACGGCGAAGAGAACGAUGGGCGGCUCAUGUCAAGGGAGAGUCACAACGAAGAGAAAGAUUGGUGGCCCAAGCCAGGGAAGAGUCACAACCAAGAGAAAGAUUGGGGGCCCAACUCAAGGGAGAGUCACAGAGAAGAGAACGAUGGGUGGCCCAAGCCAAGGAAGAGUCACAACCAAGAGAAAGAGUGGGGGCCCAACUCAAGGGAGAGUCACAGAGAAGAGAACGACGGGGACCCCAACUCAAGGGAGAGUCACAGAGAAGAGAACGAUGGGUGGCCCAAGAAAGAUCGGGAGCCUGACCCAAGGAAGAGUCACAUCGACAUGACUUGGUGGUUCAAGUCAAGGAAGAGUCACAGCAAAGAGAAAGAUUGGUGAUCCUAGUAAGGAACAGUCACAGCAAACAGAACGAUUGGAUUCCCAUGUUAAGGAAGAGUCACAGCACAUAGAAUAGCUUGAGAUAGCGUAUAGUACCAUAGGUAAUGAUAAUGGAAAGUAUCCAAAUUUAAGGCUAUUUUUCAAAAAGUAAUACAAAAGAAACCGGAAGUUAU